AUGGUUCUCGUUACAAAGGGAGAUUUUGUAUGGAUCGAGCCGUUAGCCGGCGAAGGUAUCCCUGUGGGUGCUCGAGUGCUCGACCAAGACCAUGGUCGACUAAAAGUAGUCGAUGACCUCGGACAAGAGCAAUGGCUUUCGGUCGAUCGACGAGUUCGAAUCAUGCAUCCAACGUCCGUACAAGGAGUAGAGGACAUGACAAAGCUCGGUGACUACCACGAGAGUGCCAUUCUGAGGAAUAUUUACGUUCGCUAUCGCGAAAAGCUCAUCUACACCUACACUGGUUCGAUUCUAAUCGCUGUCAAUCCAUAUAUGAAUAUUCCAAUCUAUACAGCCGAACAGAUUCGCAUGUACAAGCGAAGGAGAAUCGGUGAACUACCGCCUCAUAUCUUUGCCAUCGCUGACAAUGUCUACACAAAUAUGCGAAAACAUGGAAAGAAUCAAAGUGUCAUCAUAAGUGGCGAAUCAGGAGCGGGAAAGACCGAAUCAACGAAACUCGUACUUCAAUUCUUGGCUACCAUCAGCGGACAACACACCUUCGGCAAUGCUAAAACUGUCCGAAACGACAACUCGUCCCGCUUUGGCAAAUAUAUCGACGUGCACUUCAAUGCUGCCGGUUCCAUAGAAGGAGCUCGAAUUGAGAAGUACCUCCUGGAGAAAUCACGAAUUGUUGCGCAAUCGGUUGGCGAGCGAAAUUACCACAUCUUCUAUUGCCUUCUAGCAGGGCUAUCAGUCGAAGACAAACGUCAACUUGAGCUCACUCAACCCGCCGAUUACUUUUACUUGACCCAGGGAAAGACUCUGGAAGCCGACGGUCGUGAUGACGCUGCCGAUCUUGCCGAAAUCCGCUCGGCUAUGAAGGUGUUGCUGUUCAAGGAAGCAGAAAUCAGCGCAAUCUUCCAACUCCUUGCCACCCUUCUUCACAUUGGAAAUAUUAAAUAUAGAGGAAUCGUCGUCGACACUAUCGAUGGGGUUGAGGUCAGCGAUGCAGCGAACGUCGCACGAAUUGCGAGACUGCUACAGGUGAAGGAGCAAAACCUUCUGAGCACGUUGACGACAAGGACCAUCGUAACGAGGGAGGAGAGAGUGGUGGUUAGAUUGUCGUCUCGGGGCGCCGUCGAUGCUCGAGAUGCUCUAGCUAAGGGCAUCUACGGCAGACUCUUCACCUACAUCGUCGCGCGCAUCAACGACGCCAUUUACAAGCCUCGAAACGACUCAGCGGAUCGGAACUCGAUCGGAGUCCUAGACAUCUUCGGCUUUGAGAACUUCGAGACGAACAGCUUCGAGCAGUUGUGCAUCAACUACGCCAACGAAAGCCUUCAACAGUUCUUCGUUCAGCACAUCUUCAAAAUGGAGCAAGCCGAAUACGAUCUUGAACAAAUCAAUUGGCGUCAGAUCAAAUUCGUUGACAAUCAGGAAACGUUGGAGAUGAUAGGAGUGAAACCGAUGAACGUUUUCUCGUUGAUCGAUGAAGAGAGUAUUUUUCCCAAGGGUACCGAUCAUACCAUGCUCUCUAAAUUGCACGAUGCUAACUCUAACAAAAGUUACUACAUGCGACCAAAAGCUGAUCUGCAACGUUCAUUUGGAAUAAAACAUUUUGCUGGGCCUGUAUUCUAUCAUGUUAGAGGCUUCCUUGAUAAAAAUCGAGAUGCCUUUUCGGCAGAUUUGCAUGCUCUCGUUCAAUCAUCCAAAAUGCACCUUUUGCUGAGGAUUUUUGACGAAUCUGACUAUAUCCCGACGACUACCGAGGGCACUAUGAGGGGCAGGAGCGCCACUGUCAGCAGUCAAUUCCGGAAAUCCUUGGAGCAACUGAUGCAGCAGCUG